AUGGAAGUGAUAAAAACAGAAUUUACCCCAAGUGAUAAGCCGGCAAAGCCGGUAAAUUCACCUCCUGCGGGAGCAUUGGCCCACGGAUUUUGGGGGGGCCAGAUCACUUUCCAUCAUCGACCAGAGCUGAGCGGCCUGGGUGACGUACCUGCGGGUGAACUUGACUAUUGCACUGACUUAUACAAAUCAAAUGACAUUAUCCCUGACGCGCCUGCGGGCAAGAUAUCUGACAAUUUCAGACCUCAGCUUCUGAGACUUAGGGGUGGGGGUGACUCUUACCCACUCGAAAUGGACAUGUACUUUAACACCGGUUUGAUGGUGCCAGAGACCAGUUGGUCCAACAUGGACUUAGCCCAAGUGCUUAGAAUUAGAGGCGGGGCUGGUGACGAGGACACGUUUUCAACACCUACUCCCUUAUCCAAUCCUAGAAAAAGGAAGAGCACUUGCGUCCCUGAUGAGACACAUGCCGAGGCGAUGUCCCGACACCUUGAAAAUCAAGAUGAAAUAUACGAAUACAUUAAGGCUGAGUUGAUAACCAUGUUGGACAAGACCAGAAUAGGUAAAAAAUGGCAAGACAGCAUCCUGGAUCUGGUAGAUAAACUGGUCAUUACCAGCAGGAGCAUAUAUAUAGAGGCGUCUGAGCUUAUUGGUGAAUCUUCAUCGUUGCAUAGCGUACUUGCUGAUUGCAGGAAAGACAACGAAAGACUCAGCACCGAGGUUGGAGCCCUCAGAGAACAAGUCUCUUCCCUGCGGGUAAUGUCAGAGUCCAGCCACCACCCCCCAUCGACAGCGGAUAACUGUAACUGUAAAGAUCAUCUGGAAAUAAUUAGCGCCGAACUCAGUGCCGCAGUAAGGGCUAUGACAGACGCCUCGAAUAGGAAACUUGCUAAGAAAACAAAGCGUCAGGGAAACGAAUAUCAGUUAAGAAUGAUCAACCCAGACACUGCGAUAGUCAUUGACCAGCAGGGCCCGUCUACCUCCUCAAAACAGCCGGAGACCAUCGACUUGGUGAUGGAAGUUGAAGGGUCGGACACUGAACUUAAUGCGUCAAAUACCUACGCCACGAUCACGAAAAAGAAACCCGUUAAGGAUAGACUAGGGACGAGGAUUCGGCCUACUCCGACCAAAACUCCUAAAAGCGCCAAGGGGAGCCGGGACGCCAAAAUGAAAAGGGCAAAGAAACAGCUAGUUAAGCCGGCAUUUGUGAUAGACGCAGAGUCUGGUAACGACAUCUGGACGAAGGUGAAAAAAGCUAUUCCUAAGCCGAAGGUGGACGGCUUCAGAAAACUGAGCAACGGUAGUUACAUUGUCACAACAGCCGAUAAAGAAACGGCAAAUGCCAUUCGAUCCCUGUCGGGCUCAGGCGGUCUGUCUAUUACCGAGUCGGGACCUCGUAAACCCAAAGUUAAGAUGAAAGGCAUCCCUUCAGACUACGAAGCUUCGUUCAUAAGUGACUCGCUCAUCGCGCAGAACACAGAUACGGAAGGGGCUAACAGCUCAGAAGUCAGACCGCUGUUCAGAUGCGGAAAGCGGGGCUUGGAUACCACCGACUGGGUGAUAGAGCUAUCACCGCGUCUGUACAAAGAACUCAUAAACAAACGAACCUUCAUCGGCAUGGUAUCAACCUUCCCCAGGCCAUUCAUUGAUGCUCCAUACUGUCGAAGAUGUCUUUCGCUUACACACAAGACCAAGGACUGUGAGCAAGAGGGGGUCACUUGCUUCCAUUGUGCCAAAACAGGUCACGACAAGAAGUCUUGCCCUGAGUCUUCGGGCAGUCCCACAUGCGCACAGUGCAAUGGGCGGCACAAGUCCUUGUCGAAAGACUGCAAAAAAUGGGAGUCCAGAAUAAGGCAGCUGCAGACUUACACUGACUAUGAGUGCUGA